AUGUCCGUUCUCAACCUCCUUAACACAAAGGUUGUCGUGGGAGUAGGGUUCCUCUAUGUUCUCGCACAUCUUGUCGGUCGUCGUCGUGGUCGUCGGUCCUUGCCGUAUCCUCCUGGACCGAAAGGCGAGAGCAACUGCUACACUGGUUACCCCCUCAUCGGGAACGUUCUCGAUAUGCCCCAGUCGAAAGAAUGGGAAACCUUCACAAAAUGGCGGGAAAUAUACGGCGACUUCGUUUUCCUGAACGUGCUUGGCACUCAUCUUCUGAUCAUCAACUCAUUGGAAUGCGCAAAUGCUCUAUUGGACAAGAAGGGUUCUAUCUACGCCGAUCGGCCACGCUUCGUUGUUGGUGGUGAACUCAUCGGAUGGGACCGCCUCCUUGGCAUGUCACGUUAUGGAGACAGAGUCCGCUCGCAAAGGAAGAUGAUACACCCGGUUGUGGGGACUAAGUCUGCUGUGGAGACGCAAUGGAGUGGUAUCAUCGAGAGAGAGACCAGGAAGCUGCUAAACGAUCUAGUCACUCAGCCUGAAGACUUCUUGCAGCUCAUCCGGACAGCUGUCGGAGCCACCAUCCUCAGUGUAGCAUAUGGCUACCGCGUCGAGGAUCCUCAAGACCCUCUGAUCGCAAUAGCAGAGCAAGGGAUGUCAGACUUCAUGAUGGUCACGAUGCCAGGAAAUUUCCUCGCAGAUCUAAUUCCGAUAUGUAAAGUCCAAUGUGUCUUGGAUUUCGUUACUAUUCUGAGCGCUGUUUUCCUUGACCAUGCAGUGAAGCAUUUCACCCGUCACACGCGCACUGUAGCGGUGCUGCGAAAGCACCUGGACGACUUUCUCAACAUACCGUUCACCUUCGUCAAGAAGCAGAUGGCUACCGGGACUUAUGAUCUGUCUUUCUCUUCGCAAAAAUUAGCGGAAGACUCCACUCCUGCGGACGAGGAGGAUAUUAAAUGGGGAGGGCUCGCACUGUUUGGCGGCGGCGCGGAUACGACGGUAUCAGUACUCCAAUCCUUCAUUCUCGCUAUGACCCUAUACCCCGACGUCCAAAAGAAGGCACAAGCAGAACUCGACUCCGUUGUAGGCUACGACCGUCUCCCGAAUCUUGGGGACAGGGAUGAUCUUCCAUACCUAGGUGCUCUGAUGAACGAAGUCUUGAGAUGGAGUCCUGUUGUACCGACCAACUUACCACAUGUCCUCACGGAGGAAGACGAACACGAUGGGUUUUUCAUCCCACAAGGAACUGUGGUACUGGUCAAUGCAUGGGGCAUACUUCAUAAUCCCGAAAUAUAUCACGACCCGAUGGAGUUCAAGCCAGAGCGUUUCCUGAACGACGACGGCAGAACACCAGAGAUGGACCCGCACAAUGUAGGAUUUGGCUUUGGCAGACGACGAUGUCCCGGUAUAGAGUUCGCAGACGCAUCUAUCAUGGUAGCCUGCGCUAUGAUUCUUUCGGUAUUCGAUGUCUCCAAGGUCGUCGAGAAUGGUGUAGUGGUCGAACCAUUAGUUGAGUUCGUGGGCGGCAUAAGCCACCCGAUGCCGUUUAGAUGUUCCAUAAAGCCGCGGUCCCAACAUGCUCUUGAGUUGAUCACUGCUCUCAACUGAGAAGAGAGGCUUAGCGUAUAUACCUGGCAUUGCUGCAGACUUCGAUAUGUG